AUGGCAGAACCACGCAUUUGCCAACCUUCAAUAAGACACAGCCAUCACCGUUUCGACCAACCAGCCAUUUCAAGCUACUAUGCAGCGCACAACCCCCCCAGAACGGGGCUAACUCAGUCAUUGGGAGGUGGUCGAAUGAGCGAAGACUUCGGUCGCUGCGCACCACACCCAUCUUAUUACGAGGUCGAGUGGAGCGAGCCAUCCACAGAGACUGAGUCGGAUAGUGAGGCGAGCGCACAGGAACCAGACUAUUAUUGGCAUCACUUUUACAACGAACAAAGAUCCAACAUACAGAAGUUAGCCGCUGAAACCUUCAGGGAAUGGUGCACUGGAGUGAGAUAUACUGCACCACCAGAGGGCAGACUGCCAUUUCAAAACCGGACCCGGACUUUACAUCGCAGACCAUCCGUCACACAAACCGAGGAAGAAGAUAAUGUUGGUGACGCCGGGCUGGUCGUGAUUGCUCAUCAAAAUCACUUACAGGGGUUCUUUCGUCUUGCCUGUCCUUUCUAUGUCUAUGAUCCCAAGCGCCACUAUUCCUGUCUGAAAAACAGUCUCCGAUCAAUCGAGACCGUCAUUGAUCAUCUCAUACGCCAUCAUUCACGUUCACCCUACUGCCCAAUCUGCUACAAGAAGUUCAACACGUUAAUAGAGCGCGACAAUCACAUUCUGAGCGAAAUGUGCAAGAUGCGCGACUCAGAUCCAUCAGAUGGACUGGCUGAAGACCAGAAGAUUCUGCUGAUCCACGAAAACUGCCCACAGUUGGAAGAAAAACUUCGAUGGCAUCGCAUUUGGACUGUCAUCUUUCCGGAAUUCAGAGAGCCUUGUUCUCCAUAUCUAGAUGAAGGAUGUGGACUCAUGGCCUCAAUGGCGAAUGACUUUUGGGAUUUAUAUGGUCACCAAAUCAUAUCUGACUUCCUUGAUCACCAGCACUUGACCACAGAAGAGAAUGAUGAUGCACACACUGUCCUAUAUGACCUUACGAUGGACGAUUUGUUGAAUAGUGUCAUGAGAGAGCAUAUGGAUUAG